AUGCAAGGUUACUUGGUUGAGGGUAAAGAAACUAAUAAUGAUUAUUCGUAUGAAUGGUUAAAAGGUAAUCCAGAUCUAGUAGCAAUUGAAAAAGGAAUACCAAUUAUACUUUUCAAUUCAGAAGUAUAAAAAAGAGAUUUAGAAAUGGAAUUCAGAGUAUAUUUAAGUUUCUAAGAAGUUAUUACGUAGAUUGACAGAAACCUAAUAUCAUAAUGAAAACUUGCAUGAUUUUAAUCCUGACAUAUAGAAAUUGAACAGAUACAAUAAUAUCAUACCAUGUAAAAUAAAAUUUAAUCAAUAGUCAAACAUUCUAUUGUCAAAUUAAAAUAAGAAGGAGAAGAUGAAGAGAAUCUUAAGGAUACAUAUAUUAAUGCAAAUUUUAUUAAUGUAUCAAUUUUAUUUACAUAUUUUGAAUAGCUUAUUAAUGGAAAAGAGAAAAUGAUUAUUGCUACUCAAGGUCCUUUGAAUUAAACAUUUUCACAUUUCUGGAGAAUGAUAAUUUAAGAAGACAUGACAAUGAUUGUGAUGCUUUGUAAUUUAAGAGAGAACUAAAGAGUAAUGUCACUUAUUAUCAUUUAGGCUUAAUGUGAGUAAUAUUGGCCAAAGAAUGUAGGAGAUUCCAUUUUAUGUGGAAAUGUUUAAGUUAAUUUACUAAGUUAAGAUGAUUUGGGAAAUAACAUCAUAAAAAGAGUUGUUAAAGUCAUAUAAGAAUAAGAAGAGAAAACAGUCACUUAAAUUUAAUGGUGUGGAUGGCCUGAUUAAGGAGUUCCUUCUCCAAGUGAUUUUGAAGUAAUGAGAGAACUUUUGAAUAUGAUUAAUGAGAAACUGUUAUCAGAUUAAAAAGUAGUUUUUCAUUGUAGGUAAUUAUAUUCUUUUUUGAUUUUAUAGUGCUGGAGUUGGUCGUACUGGUACAUUAAUUGCUUUAGCUAAUUUAAUGAUUUUAUUAAAAGCUUAUAAAUCACAUAUUGGAGAGGAUAAGCCAAGUAUUUAUUUGAUUAAUAUUUUUUAGAACUUGAAGAGAAUCCUGAACUUUACAGAAUCUCAAUCUUUGGAAUUGUUCGUAGAUUAAGAGAACAAAGAUGGGGAAUGGUACAUACUUCAGAGUAAUACAUAUAUAUAUAUAAAUUUAUUGAUGAGGCUAUUAGAUCUAUGUUUAACAUAUGA